AUGAUGAAGCUUUUCAGUGCGAUUGUUGGUGCUGCGGGAAGCUCUUUCCGUGUGGAUAUCGACGCGAGUCUGUCGCUCUUCCUGGCGAAGAAGGUGAAAGGUACCGAGGUGUGGCUGACGGAGAAAGAUGUGAAGGAAGGUGAUAAUGGCACGAGCUAUUUGAAGUUAUUGGACGUUGCGGGAGCUCCGCUCAACUUGGUUGGCUUUUUGGAGGAAAACGUGCGGUUCCGAGUCAUGAAGGAGGAUGUUAAGGAGUUCCGUUCACGUGGUUGUGGUGGUUCCUAG